AUGGCCCAGGGACGAGAUACAUACGCGGAGAAUAUGGGACGCAAUUCCACCGAGGCGCAAAGACUCGACGAGCAAUUCGACCUGAUCACCGAAAAUGUCGGCUAUCUCCUGCACCCAUCCGUCCAAGCCAAGCUCCCGCCCAAUGCCCAUGUCGCUGAUGUGGGCACAGGAACUGCAGCCUUCCUAUGCAGUCUCAGUCACUACUAUCCCAAUGCAGAACUACACGGCUACGAUAUCUCAACCUCCCUAUUCCCACCCACAUCCACCUUACCCCGGAACGUUACACUACGGCUCCUAGACGCCCGCCAGCCCGUCCCAUCAACACUAUGGAACAAAUACGAUCUCGUUCAUGUGCGGCUCCUCUCAGCAGGCCUGGAGCCAGCCGAAUGGUCAUCCAUAAUUCAAAACCUGACGCGAAUGUUGAAACCCGGUAGUGCGAUGCAGUGGGAGGAAUGUGAUUUCACGGCUGUGCGGCAUCUGCCCGGCUCGCCUACUGCCACUAUUGACACUGCCUCUUGCAUGGGUCAGCGCUUUCUUGCAGGGAUGAUGCAUCAUUUUCAGAAUGGGUGGAAUACUCUUGCUGCUGAGAUGCGGGGUGCUGGGUUGCGUGAGGUUCACACGGAGGUUGUUGCUGCUGAUCGGGUUUAUGCUACCCGUGCUCGUCUUACUGCUAAUGGGAUUGUUGCUAUUUUUGCUUGGGCGAGGCUUGCUUCUGCUAGGGGUGAUGAUGAUUCUUUGUCUAUGCAACAAUUGGAACAGCUUGAAAGGAUGGCUUAUGCGGAUAUUAAAUCGGGGUGCUAUGUUACUUUUGAUAUCCAUGUUGUUUGGGGGUUCCGUCCAGUCUUUUCUCGAAAUCUUUUCUUUGAUUCCCUGAUACUAGUUGUGAGGUGA